CUUAGCACCUCUCAAACUCUCAGCUUCCCAUCUCUCUCUCUCUUCCCAUGCAUGCCCACACAAUCAUCCCAUUCCCUUAGAGAUAUGUUGAAACUUUCUUUGCAUGCCCAGCUCACACCAUAAGCCAUAUUAUUUCUCAUUUGUAGCUGCCCUUUGUAAGGGCGCGCACCCGCAAGUGCGCGCACCCCCACCACUAGUCUAUGCAAUGUCGGGGCCUCAAUACCGUUAUAGCAACCACAAUCGCCAUCAUCAGCACCACCACCACCACCUCUUCCUCGUCGUGUUAUUAUUUGUCGCAUUUGCCGUGGCCCCCGCCUCGUCAGGGAACUCUGAGGCGGAGAUUUUAUUCAGGUUCAGCAAGUCCUUGAAUAAAAAUGGCGCGUUUUCUAAUUGGAAUCUUAAUGUACCCCCUUGCGACAAAAAUAACGAUAAGUCCAAUUGGGAUACCGUUAUUUGUGAAAACGGAUUCGUUUUUGGGUUGCAAUUGGAGAAUAAAGGCUUAAGCGGGACAAUUGAUGUGGACGCUCUUAAAGAGUUGCCUAAUUUCAGGACCAUAAGUGUCAAGAACAAUAAUUUCGAAGGGCCUAUACCAACUUUGAAUAAACUUGCGGGGUUGAAAACGGCUUAUUUCGACAACAACAAUUUCUCUGGCCAAAUUGAUAACACUGUUUUUGAAGGGAUGCAUUGGUUAAAAAAAUUUCAUAUUGCUAACAAUCAAUUAACUGGUAAAAUCCCAUCUGUUUUGGGUCAAUUGCCUAAGCUUACAGAAUUGAGGCUUGAAAACAACAAAUUUGAAGGUCAAAUACCUGAUUUUAAUCAAGAAAGAAUUAAGGAUAUGAAUUUUGCUAACAACUCUCUUGAGGGUCCAAUUCCUCGUGGCCUUUCUAGUCUUAAAGCUUCGUCAUUUGAAGGUAAUGCUCUUUGUGACGGUCCGUUAUCGAAAUGCACGAGUGAACCAAAAAUAGCUCUUUGGACAAUUAUAUUGGUGGUUAUCGCAGUGGCAGCAGCAGUAGCAGCAAUUGUCGUUGUUAUCAUCAUUCUUCGUCAGCGCAAGCAGAUGCCUGAAACGGAAGCAAGAGCAAUUGCUUCUUCAUCUGGUACUGCCGGGGGCGCCACUCACCAGAAGGCGCCCUCAGCAGACCUAGACAAGAUGGAACAGGGCCAAGUAGUGGCUCCACCUGACCGUUCUCCGGAGGGACCGGGCCCAAAAAGGCCUGAACAACCUCAGCAGAAACUUCUAUUCUUGAAAGAUGACAUAGAAAAGUUUGACUUGCCAGAUUUAUUAAAGGCUUCAGCUGAAAUAUUGGGUAGUGGGGUAUUUGGAUCAACUUAUAAAGCUGCACUUAGCACUGGGCCUGUUAUGGUUGUCAAAAGGUUUAGGCAAAUGAAUAAUGUAGGCAAGGAAGAUUUUCAUGAGCAUAUGAGAAGGCUAGGCAGGUUGAAUCAUAAGAACUUGCUUCCUGUUGUCGCUUUCUAUUAUAGGAAGGAGGAAAAACUUUUGGUCUCCGAGUAUGUCAACAAUGUCAGCCUUGCAGUUCAUCUUCAUGGCAAUAAAUCCCGCGGGCAACCAAGCUUGGAUUGGCCAACCCGGUUAAAAAUUGUAAAGGGAGUAGCCAAAGGACUAUUAUACCUCUACAACGAGCUACCAAGCUUGACAGCACCCCAUGGUCACCUCAAAUCCUCCAACGUUCUUCUAAAUGAAUCCUACGAGCCACUUCUCACGGACUAUGCCUUACUACCCGUAGUAAACCUAGAGCAUGCUCAAGAACAUAUGAUCGCUUACAAAUCUCCUGAAUUCAAGCAUAGUGGGCGAAUCACACGAAAAAACGAUGUAUGGACACUCGGAAUAUUAAUACUCGAGAUCAUAACGGGCAAAUUCCCGUCCAAUUUCUUGCAACAAGGAAAGGGAAGUGACACGGAUUUGGCAACAUGGGUACGGUCCGUGGUCAACGAAGACUCAUCAGGCGUAGAGGUAUUCGAGAAGGACAUGAGGGGGACGAAGAAUGCAGAAGGGGAAAUGAUGAGGCUAUUGAAGAUAGCAUUGGGUUGUUGUGAUCUUGAUAUGGAGAAGAGGUUUGAUAUGAAAGAAGCAAUGGAGAAAAUUGAUGAAGUAAAAGAGAGAGAUGGGGAUGAUGAUUUUUAUUCUUCUUAUGCAAGUGAAGCUGAUGCAAGAUCUUCAAGAGGAUUAUCUGAUGAUUUUUCUCAACUCUCUAUGAACAUUUGAAGAGUACUACUCAUGUGUAAGGCUUUUUAAUUUGUUCAAACUCAUCAUGGUAAAUGGGAAGGGACUUCUAUUUUGUUUGAUGCAUGGUUGGGGGUAUAUGAAACCACAAAAUAAAUAAAUAUAUGAAAAAGAAGAGAUAGAAAAUGAAGUAACUGCUUUAAUUUUUUUGUGAUUCAAUUGAAGCAAGCGAACAUGUAAAU